AUGCACCACCUCCCUCGUAUACCCAACGGUCACCAGGAGAGCGAGCCGGAUCCUCCAGAGCCACCUCCUUCGCUUCAGGAUAUUUUGGAAGCCGUACUAGUGGAUGAAGGUGGGAACAUCGAGUAUGAGCUUGACCCCGUCCCUAUGCUGGUGCAGCGUGAUCCCCACACAGGAAUCACUACCACUACCAAUGAGGAGGGAAUGAUGAUCUUGGCAUACCCAGAUGAUCUGACAAACCUCUGCGUCCUUCCUGAUGGCACCAGGAUGUCGCAAACGGAAGAUGCAGAAGGCACCCAGGUUGUCAUCGAGAAAGAUGGAGCUGCCCGAGUGACAUGUUUCAUCAAUGACAAAGCCUACGUUCCCAACUCAAUGGUCAAGGUUGAGAUUGACCAUGGAGCCACGAUGGAGGUGGUCCCUCGAAGGCUAAACCUCAAGGCAGAGUUGGUCUCUGCUGACCCUCAUACCUUCCUGGCCAAGCUUCGGGGCGAGCCAGAGGAUGACGUGUCCCCUGCCUUGGAAAUUGCGCAACAGCAGGCCCAGAUGAAUCAGCAUGAGUUCUGCUCCUCGGCCCCGCAGCAGGUCGAGAGCUUCUCCACAAACGCCUCAGUGAUUCUGCGCCAUCCUGAAGGAACACUAGUUCACUCCAAGGGCGCCGGUGAAGUGGAGCUGGUGAGUGGCAUUGCGAGGGAUAUUGCCGCAGUCGGGGGAGAGAGCGAGAAAGCGUUGAAGAUGCUGCAGGACAGAGAUUGUGCCUUUCAGGCAGUCUUCAAGGUUGUUCGCUGGAUUUGGUUGCCCGACUGUGCUUUAUGCGACUGGAAGACUUUGAGGCUUGAAAUUAUCAGACCGCAGGGAGGGCAUGCUGGCCAGGACAAGGGAUGCGUGUACAUGGCGCAAGUAGAUUAUGAUCGAAUUUACUUGCGGGAUGAUGAUGGCAAUCACUUCGAGGUGAAGGGGGAUCAGUCUUUGGACUUCAAGCUCUCUGUGUCCAUGGGAGAUGACUUUGCAUCGCCAAGAUGUGUAUGCCCACAGAAGCCUUUCAAGCACCCCGACGCCUCCUUUUUGCCACUUCCAGAGCAGGCACCUCAGCCGCGACUUUUUAUCGUCUACGGCGAUGGGGAGGCCGAGGAGUUGCUCGUGAGAAGAGAUUUCGAGGAGGCUAUACGCCUGGCACGGAAGGAUCCUCAUACCUUGGUGGUUGAAGGGGAGAAGAUGGGAUGGCCAAUGAGCUGUUGCAAGACUCACUCGAUCCACAGGAUCAUGCAUAUGGAUCCAGUGAAUGUGCCAAUGAGGCCCUUGGAGCUUCCUCAUGGCAUCUGUGGCUUUGUUGAGCCUCCACCGUCCCCUCUGAAGAGGACAUUUACUGAAUUCCGGCAGUUCAUCGAGUACCCUGAACUCACUGAACAGAAGCUCCAGGAGCCCAUCCUGCAGCUGACGAUGCUCUACGAGACCUUCGAUCUGAUCAUGGCGCUCUAUCAAGAGUAUUGUGCCGAGAUUGUGGUUAACGUAACACGUCCAGCGCUGCAAGCGAUGCCUGAGCUGUAUCGGCAGGUGGGCAUAAGCGAGGAGGACGUCAAGGAGCUUUGGGCGUCACUGAGCCUGGCCUGGAACGCCACAGCUUCGGAGUUGCAGGAGUUGGUGAAGUCCAGUUGCAGUUGGAACUCGAGCUUGGUGAAUUCCACGAUCGAUGAGCUGGAAGAGCUUUUGCCACGGCAGAAGGGACGGAUUCCCCGAAGGCCACAAGAGCUACUCUUGUGGAGUAUCUACCUCAUUCUGGUCAUCUAUGGCUUGAUGCAAGUCGUCCUCAUCAUAGCAAAAUGCCUUUGCUCUUGCUGUCGCACAAAGGAAGAGAAAUGGACACUCAGGGAGUCAGCGCAGAAAUCGUUGAAGCGUCCGCCCUUCUUGCCGUCCAGUGAGAGCUUUUUGCCACCUCUUCGUCCUCACCCGAAGGACGAGACCCGGCCGACACGGAAACGAACGCCUGAGUGUUGUAUUUUCUCCAACUUCUGCAGUUGA